AUGGGAACCCAUGGUACCAGCAACGGUACGCACGGCGCCAUCAGGGUGACCGGAGUGCACGACACCGGGAUCCUGGGUGGAGGCGGCCACACCGGCAUGCCCGGAGCCGCAGGAAUGGGACCCAUGGCGCGGGUCACGGCGCCACAGCACAAGACGGGCGGCAUCCUUCGCCGCUCUAGCAGCUCCAGCUCUAGCUCGUCAUCUGAGGAUGACGGCAUGGGCGGUUGUAGGAUGAAGGGCCUCAAGGAGAAGAUCAAGGAGAAAAUGCCCGGAGGCCACAAGGGCAACCAGGGCAAGGCGACGGCUCCCGGAGCAUACAGCGGGAUGACUGGGUAUACUGGGCCGACCAGCACCGGCACCACCGGGGGACAUGGGACGACGACGACGAAGGGGACACACGAGAAGAAGAGGUUCAUGGAGAAGGUCAAGGAGAAGCUCCCCGGUCAGCACUGA